GUUUGAAUUUUGUGUUGUCUGAAAGACUGGAUGUGUUUCGUUAGAAGAAAUAGGUGUUGUUCGUGUGGAUUAUAGUGCAUAUUAUUUUUUCUGGAAGAUUUAAAAUUAGUUAAAUAUAAAGUCGAAGAGUUUUUAGCAUGUCUUUUCCUAGGGCUGCACUAAAGAGAUUUAACGAACACGUUAGCUGUGCUCCACCACCUGGAAGCUAUGACGUUAAAAUUACAGACGCUGGAUCAAAAGGCCCAGUGUCCUUUGAAAAGUCUGAUCGGUUUAGAAAGAAGAAAGUUUCAGAUGCUGAUCUGGAAAACGAGAUGCUGUCGACAGCAAGCAUCCGCAGGACCCUGUCCAAUGGUAACCUAGUAACUCGGUCAAGCCAAAACGGAGAAAAGGAUACAGUCAUUUUUAAAGAGUUGAAACGUCAAAAAGCACUGGAGAAGGAGAUUCGUUUGCUGAUUCAGCAGCGAGGAGAUCAAGACAAGAAAAUUCAGGCAUCAGAAGAGGAAUUAAGAAAGGUGGAGGCAAAGUUGGUGGUAGCUGUGCGAGAGAAAACUGGUCUUGCUGCCAGCAUUGCUUCACUUGAGAGGCAACUUGGAGAUUUGAAAAGAGCAAAUGAUCUUCUGAAAACCAAGUUUUCCGAGGAUGGCCCAAACAAGAAAUUGAAUGGGCUCUUAUUGGAAUUGUCGGAAGCAAAGAAUAAGGUGGAUGCAAAAGAUAAGGAGCUCAGCUAUAUGCAGAUCACCUUUGAAGGACAACUCAAGAUCCUGCAAGCUGAUUUGGGCGCUUCCAAAGCUGAGCUGGCAGCAGUGCAGGACAGGAACAAGUCCCUGGAGGAGUUGCAGUGGCAGACCACAUCACAAAAUGAAGAACUUGAAAAUGAAGUUGACGAAUUGCAAUCCCUGAUUCAGGAGUCGCGUGAAGAGUAUAAAGUGUUGCAGGACCACCUGGAUGCCGCUAAUGUAAACUUUCAGAACCUGCAUUUGGAAUUUAUAUCCAAGGAAAAGGAAUACAAGACUCAAGUUAAACUGAUGUCGGCUGAAGCAGAAGAAAAGCACAGGGAACUGUCUGCAGCACAAGAACAAUCUGAGAAGCAACUUGUUGAAGCUCGGAGCCAUUUAAAGCUUUUGACUGAUAAAGUGGAACAUCUUCAGAAACGCCUAUCUACAGCAGAACAAGACAAAGAGAAGUUGGUGCUGGCACAAACUGAAAGUGAAAAAAAGCUGUCUGACUGCUUGACAGAACUAAGCCAAUUGCAUGAACAGAUGAAGAGGUGUAAACAAGAUCUGAGUGAGUCGGAAGGCAGACUGGGGGAGAAAGAAAAGGAAAUCUUAAUACUGAAGGAGCACCUUAAGACAAAGGAGGAGGAAUUGAGCAAACAGAUCAGAUACUUGGAUGACAAAUACCAGCAGCUUGAAAAAGAGAAAGGUAAGAUGGAAGAAGAAAGCAAAAAGAGAGAAGCAGAUUUAACUUCAGAAUUGAACUCCCUGAAGGAAAAUAUAAAUGAGAAGGAUAAAGGACACCAAAAGCUUCAAGAAGCACACACAGAACUCAGUGAAGUCAUUAACAGGGAGAAGGAGCUGUUAGUGAAGCUGCAGGAGGAGACGCUGAAUGAGCGCCUCCAGCUAGAGGGAGAGCUGGAGGAGGCACUGGAAGAGCUUGACCAGCUUGAGAUGAAGGAGUUGCAGGCAGUGGAAAUGAUUUGCCACCUGGAGGAAGAGAAUAAGCAAAGAGACCAAGAGAUCCUUCAACUGCAAGCCCAAUUAAAUGGAAAGAAUGAAGAGUUGGAGAGGAUGAACAAGAUUCUCAGCACAGAUGUUACUAAACUGAAAGAAGAGCACAGCAGUUCAUUAAGGAAGAUUGGAGAGAUGGCAACAGAGUUUGAAAGCAACAGAGUGUCGAUGGCUGAAGAAAUUAAAUGCCUUACAACUAAAAAUGCAGCUCUUCAAGAGGAGAUUGUCCAGGUCAGACAACAGUUUGUUGAAGAGCAAAAACAACUUGCAGAAACACAGCAGUCCAAAGAAAAAGCAAAGGAGGAAUAUGCCAGGAUGUUGUUGGAUGCCCAGACAAAACUUGCCCAGAAAGAAUCUGAGUUAAGAAAAACGGAAGAAUCUUACACUGUGGAAUUAACCAAACUUCAGGACAGGAUAGAAAGUAAAGAGUACCAGGAGCAGCUGAAAAAGACUGAAUGUCAAAACAAACACGUUGUGGAUGAAGAUGAACUCUUGGAACUAAAAACUGAAGUAGAGAAAUGGAGAACACUGUAUGAAGAAUUAUAUAGAAAGGUCAAGCCUUUUCAGCAACAACUCGAUGCAUAUGAGGCAGAGAAAAAUGCCCUUUUGAAUGAAAACGGAGCUGCUCAGAUGGAACUGAAUAAUCUUAGCGAUGCUUAUGCUAAACUGCUGGGCCAUCAGAACCAUAAACAGAAAAUCAAACAUGUUGUGAAACUGAAAGAACAAAACUACAUUCUGAAACGGGAAGUUGCAAAACUGCAGGGUCAGUUAUCCAAGAAUUUAAAGGAACAUCCGGUCCAGCCUGGUAGAAGGUUUGAUCCAUCUAAAGCAUUUAAGCAUGGCGGCAAGGAGAAUGCUCGGCCGGAAAGCCCUCUUGGAAGGAAACCUCAGAUGACUCUCCAGUAAGUUGUACCUGCUUGAUGAAGCAUAAAUGAAGCUAUCUUGUUUUGAACAAUCUUCAAUGUUUUUACUACUUCACCCAAGGGAAGCAAGAAAUGAAGAUAUUUAGAAUAAACUAUAAUGGGGGUUCUAGCUUGUAUAAGGUUUAUAACUGGGAUUGAUUAGGUUUUUUUUUUUUUUCUGACUUGUUGGGGUUUGCUAAACUUAGCCUUCUCUAAAAUGCUUUUGUUUGGCUGUAAAACUUAACUGGUAAGAGAACUGUUACACUUUAGUUUGUACUACUUUUAUAAACAUGACUGCCUAUUUACUUAUAUUUUAGAUUAGAAGUCCUGAAUAUGUAAUAUCAAAUAAAUUGUAUUUAUCAAGUUUGUACACAGCCUCAUUUAUUGUUAGUCUGUUCAGGAAUAAUGUCAAUAUACCCUUGUAAUAUGGCUGUAGUAGUGGCGAUAUGGCUUUUUGGAUUUAGGCCAUGUUAAUGAUGGAAACCUACAUGGUAUGGUAUCUUCAUAUUUGGUCCACAGCUCUGUUCUAUAUUCUCAAAUUUUUAUAGUGGCAUAAUUUGUUAUAGCCUCUGCUGACAAUUUCACAUUCACUCUGUAUUUAAUAACUUACCUCUGAGCUACUAUGGCUGCCAUACUUACAUUUAUGUUGCUUCUUUGUUGGAAAUGAUCCACAUCCACACACUUUUUAAAGUUCAUUU